AUGCUCAAAUAUUCUAUUCCAGAUGAGAGCGAAGAUUUCCGGAAGCUUGCAGAAAGGGAAAUCACCUCUUGUGAAGAAGAGAUAGCUGAACUGAAACACCAGAUAGUGUUGCUUUUGGUUCCUUCAGAAGAAACAGACAAGAGUGAUCUUGUCAUGGAAGUAACCGCUGGAGUUGGAGGGCAGGAAGCCAUGCUGUUCACUUCGGAGAUAUUUCAUAUGUAUCAACGAUAUGCUGCCUAUAAAAACUGGAAAUUUGAAAUAUUAGAAUACUUUCCCAGUGAAAUAGGUGGCCUAAGACAUGCAGUUGCUAGUAUAGCAGGUCUUGAGGCUUACAAGUACAUGAAAUUUGAAGGAGGAGUGCAUCGUGUUCAGCGGGUGCCAAAGACAGAAAAACAAGGACGCAUUCACACCAGCACAAUGACUGUUGCAAUAUUGCCCCAACCUACUGAGAUGAGGCUGCAAAUUAAUCCAAAAGAUCUACGGAUAGAAACAAAGCGAGCUAGUGGAGCUGGAGGCCAGCAUGUCAAUACCACAGAUAGUGCCGUACGGAUUGUUCAUAUUCCAACAGGGAUCACAUCUGAAUGUCAGCAAGAAAGAUCUCAAAUUAGAAACAAAGAGAAGGCUAUGCAAAUGCUAUGUGCUAAACUAUACAACGCCAAACUGGAAGAAGAAACCAAAAAGAGAAACAGUGUUCGAAAGAUUCAAAUGGGGACUAAAGGAAGAUCAGAGAAGAUCAGAACAUACAACUUUCCACAGGACCGGAUUACUGACCACAGGAUAAGUAGAUCAGUGCAUCACAUUGAGUGUUUCAUGCUGGGGGAAGAAAUGCUAGAUGAAAUGAUACAAACUCUGAGAGAAUAUGCUGAUUAUGAAUCCUUAAUGGAAAUUAUUUCAGAAAAUGAAAAAAGGAAUCUAUCCUGA